AUGCAUUCAGCGUCUCCAGAGGUAUCUCGUGCCAUACAGGACCUUCUUCGCGCGUUUGACUUUCAAUCUUUGGGUAAAAAUCUUUAUAAUGUGCAAAACAGGAAGUUUUUCAGUGACCGUGUCAGACGCGCAUGCGGCCAUUUUCAGUCUUUCUUUCCCUUGUAACCAUGAAGAAUCGCGGAAACACGUCGACGCUUUUGCUCAAAAGCGUAAACAUUGUUUUAAAAAGUGAUAAUGGGACAAGAAACAUUUAGUGGCCAUACGGGACACCUCCAGCACAUUCAGAAAGUCGCUGAAUGCGGCCAUGUCCAUUUCCCCCUCGGCUAUUUCCACUAUUGAGUUCAUUGUUCGCUGCCGACAAGUAUGGUGCAAACAAGAAGAACUCGAAAAACUAGCAUCACCAGAACUUUUUCCACUACGCGCGUCGUUCCACGAAAACUGUUGAGUCGAACUUGGAUUCCCCUUUGUCGACUGCGUCGCAAUUCAACGAUGCGAGGACUAACUCCAGCGGAUCUUCGUCUUAUUUCAACCGGAGAUCAGCCAGUCGCAGCAGAAUACAUGCCAUUGACAAAGGUGCGAGGGUUCAGGGAAAAAUAUUCAUUUGAGAAUUAGGUUACCUAAAUUUCAAGUUUUUCCGACUGAUCGUAGAACAUUUGUUUUUAUAAAUUAUAGAAAAUCCAGGUGUAAAAAAAUUUUUUCGAAGUUGUAGUGGAAAUAACCCAAAUUUACGAAGAGAUAUUCUUACUUUUACUUUCAACACGAAUUUCGAAUUCUAGAAACUUUUCGAGUUUUAUUUGAACUGAUUUUUUUUUCUUACUAGAGGUGUAUAUUCCAGUUGAAAUGAUGUGUUGGAACAAAAUCGUUUCACGAUCCAUAAAAAAAAUCGUAUUAAAGCAAAUCAAGAAAAAAAAACGGAAAAUUCCCUUAAACACUUUUUUCGAAUUCCGAAGAAACUCAACGUUUGCUAGAACCGAUGCCGUCAUUCGAGUACAACACGGAGGCGGCCCGAGCGCGGUCCAACUCUUCGAUGCUCUACGACGGCAGAGACGACCACCACCAUCGGAGACGAAGUCCUUUCCGAACUCCGACCCAAGUCUCGACUCCGCCGUCCUACGCCGCUUCCUCCAACCUUUCAGCCAGCAAUCGCAUGUUCAAGUGUGUAACUGCUCCAACCAUUGAGAUUAUGUUCUGAAGUCUUGAAGAAAGGGUUUUCAGUCCACCAAUGCGCAACGACCUGACGCCAGCUUCUCCGUCGGUCACUAGGACGAUUUCGGCUAUUCAUUCCACUCCGAAGAUUCCGCUGCAUGCUCGUCUUGGCAUGCCAAUAUGUAGGUGUAACUCAUUCAGAAAAUCAGGCGUAUUUGAGUUAUAAGUAUAAUUUCUAAAUAAAUAAAUGGAAUUUUCUCUCAACGAAUUUCGUUAGGACUUCGACUACCGUGUUUUCAAAAAAUGUUUUAUUUUCAGUUGAAACGGAAGAAAGUCUCUGCAAAUCGUUGGUGGCAGCGCUUCAAGGGAUCGAAACGCGACAAAUUCGUCUCGAUGGCGCUCGGCGUCUCUCUCUUUCCACUACUGUCUCUGUUUCCAGCGUGAGUUUUAGGAUUUUCGGAUGAUCUUGUUUUUUUGCAAAAUGGUUUUAUUUUUUCCCCAUUUGGGUUUCAAAGCCUCAUUUUUUUUUCUGAAAAUUCGACAGGAUCAAAAGAAGGCUGAAGUUUUCAUUUGAUAUUUCUUCCAUUCAAUUGAGGUUCUAUCAACUUUUCCCCCGUUUCAGAGCCAUUUGUUGGUGGUUGAAAGCGUUUUGCUAGUGGCCAACACAUUUUUGCGCAUGGACAGCCGCGAUCCUACGCCCACCCCUGAACCUUUUGUUAAUGUUUGUUUCGAAGAAAGAAAAUGCGAUUUCUAGUUAAUUUCCAGGCCUUGAUUGCUGCAAUCAGAAGCCUUAUCGGCGAGUACAUCUCGGAAGUUGACCAACUCAGAGCGGUAGAUUUUCAUUUUCUUAACUGGAAUAUUCAAAAAAUUGCAGCUGAAAAACCCUUCUUUCGGACGAAUUUUGCCGGUCGUCGAAGCUUGGAGAUUUCGAUUCAAAAUAUUGAACCGCCUUUUUGAAUUGAGGUCGGUUUUUGGAUGGAAAUGAAGAAAAAUUGAGGGAGUCUGAAGAAUUCAGUAGUCUCUCUGUCUCUGGCGUCUCUUCAGAUCUUCUAUCUAUUUUUGCUAUAAAUUAAUUAUAUUUUUUCAGAAACGCCGAAGCGAAUGAUCUUCUGGACACCCUAUAUCUUGUGUACUCCAAUUUUUCCUAUACCCAGCGCUCGUUCGUUUUUUUAUUCAUUAUAUAAUUCUUCCAUUGGAGGUUAAUAUUUAUUGAAAAAGGUAUGAAAUCUCAGUUUUUUUCUCUUGAAAACGGAGAAUAGUAAAAUCCUUCAAUUUUUCGAUAAGUAUAAAAGCAAAAAAAAGAAACUCCAAAAAAGAUUUCAGAAAGACUUGAGGCUAGAAUUAAUAUCAGAACAAGAAACAUCAAAAACAAAUUUAAUGAUUUUAAUCGAGAAGUUUCUAUAGAACAUUGUUGAGAAAACAAAACUUUUAUGCCUAACUCCUUGGAAUAAAUUGCUCUUCUACACGUUUCCCAUCUAGGAGAUUACUUUUGGAUCGCGUUAUGGAAUACACAAUGGGCGUUUUCUGCAAGCAACUCUUGCACUGGCUGACGACAGGCGAAGUUCCUUGUCCGAAGGUUUUCACUUGGAACUUUGAAUGUUUCGCAUUCGCUCUGAUUUCCAGUGGCUCAUUGGACUGGACAUCAAUGGAGUUCCAGUUGUCCAGCGCGUCCCAGUUUUCAUGACAAAGGAAAACGUGCGAGCUGUACGUUUUUCAAAUAGUAUUUUAGAGGAGUCGAACGAUUUCAGAUGCUGGAAAUAGGAAAAUCUUUACCUUAUGUCGAUCGAGAAGUGAUCAGCGACGAGGAACUGGCCGUGAUCGACGUGGCAAACGCUCAGGCCAAGGAAAAUCUGAACGUCAAUCUGUUGGUGAACCAAGGUGAGCUCUUCUUCCGAAGCGCUCUUUUUAGUUUUAAAUGGACUCCUAGAAACAAUAAUCCUUAGGAACUUUCACUGCUAGCAAAAUAAUCUGAAAAGCUCAUUAGUUAUUGAAAAUUUUGCUCAAAAAGGGGUGAAAAAAUUUGAAAUAAAAGAGGAUUUUUCCGCCUCGGUUUUUUCUUCUUCUACCUUCCUCAGCUUUCAGAGAAGAAUAUUUUCAGGAAGCCAUUCCCAAUUAGGGCAAUUAUUCGACAGCAUGCGGCACGUGGUGUGUGGCGUCGUCAUGCGGACCAUCAGGUCCCGAGGAAACCUCCGGAAGCACCUCAAAAUGGUCAAAUCCUUCCUGCUGCUCUCCGAUAUCCGUUUCUCGACCUCUCUGUACGAUUCGAUGAGGUUUCCAAGUCUUCAAGGUCUUCAACGAAGGAGAUUCUCUUGCAGAAGAGCCUCUCAUGGCCUUCAGAUGGGCUCCUCGUUCAGCAAGCAGGAGGCGUCGAGGGCUCUGGCCAGCGCCCUAGCGGCGACCCCCUACGAGAAGAAGAAACUCGGCUUCUCUCUGGACACCCUGACGACCGUCGGGAACACGCCCAACUCCUCCUCGAGGCUUCAGUUCGUCCAGCCGCUCCGACCUCGUUAUGAGCCCGACAUCAGCUUGCUCAAGCCGAUCUUUGAAGCGACUCAUGAAUUGUACGGCCUUCCUUUUCAUUGUUAUUAUCUCAGUUUUGUUGAAAAAUACCGGAGAAUUUGGCUUUUUUCCAGAAAAAUAUUUCGCCUAGUAUUUUUCAAAAAAAAAAAAAAAACAGCACCCUUCAGGUACGAAGAAGUCUUCCACAUGAUCUGGUCUGUCGAUUUGGCUCGAAUUUCUGCCCAGCAGUCGGCCAUCGACAUCAUGCCCAUAUCGCGCUUCAUUCAUCGUGAUUUGAAGCUUCGAGGUAAUUGUUGCGUUCAAUAUUGAGGGAAAAUAGAGAGAAAAACUCGUAAUCCAUAAUAAAAAAAACCCCCCUUUUCUUUUUGUAACCCUCUAGAAAAAAGCGUCUCGUUGUUUAGGAACGGCUGGACCUGUGAUAAACAUGAUGUCAUUAAUGUUCUACGUCAUCAGCACGUCGCUUCUCAGAAUACGACAGUUGAUGUCGUUCCAGGUAGAACUAGGAGUUUAAAUAAAUGAUCAUCGCCGGGUUUCGGGUUGAGAAAGGCUUUUCUGAGCUUCUGGCCCGCGUCGACGACGCCCACGACAUGGGUGGAGUCGUCGAGGCGCACGUCUUCUACCUCCAGAAACUCCGGACCAACCUUUUUCUUGAUGUCGGCGACAAGGUCCUCGGAUUCUGAGCUUUUUCUGAAAAAUGAGAAAAUUUUCAGAUCAAUCCGACUAUGCAAGUCUUUCUGCAGCUGACGAUGGAGGCGCAGGAACUGCUCAGAGAUUUCGCAUUGCCUUGGAAUGCCGCCAUCGAGUCCCAAGGUUGCAUUCUUUAUUUUUAGAGUGAAAAUCUAUCACACAAGGUUAAAAUGAAAGGAAAAAAUAUACAAAAAAAGUUCAAGAAAAACGAGGUUUAUAAAUAACCACAGUAAGCCGUUAACUUUUUUAGGGUUUAGAGUGGUUAGAGUAUUUUUGAAAUUGAUCAUGAAAAAAAGAAACCUUUAAAGUUUUCAGGUCAAGUUUUAGAAAUGUUUUCUUUUUCAUUUUCUUUUUGUUAAUUAGCUUUGAAGGAAGCUACUCUUCAUUCUUGUCUGAAAUUUUUUGAAAAUUAGUCGUUUCUUUAUUCCAUUUGGAGUUUCCAAGUCGAUAUCAAAAUAAUUUCCAGAUAUUCAAGUUUAAAGUUGUGUGAAUUCGAAGCUUUAGGAGCAGAAAUGGCCAUUUUAUGUUUAAAUAUAAAUUAUUUUAGGACGAAAAGAUGUAAAAAUCGAAAGCAGCGACGCGUCUUCGAUCAGAUUACUAAUGGAAAAGAUAAAUGUGAUUUUAUUUUCCUUUAUUCCCGUUUAUCAACUUCUUUUACAGACCGCAGUGACUUCAAUUUCCGAAGAAUUGAAUUUGCGAAAUUUCCGUCGUUGA